AUGAGUCGUUGGCACCCACCAUCCUGUGUCACCCCGGACGUGGUCAUCGACGGAGGAAUCCCGCACUGCCGGGGAUGUGGCCACCAUUGCAACUGGCAAGAUUGGAUAUCUUCAACGGUGGACAGUUGCGCACCACCACCAAUUCCCCCCGAUGAGCCUCCUGGUCAGCUGAACCUGAGGUGGCCCCCAUCAGUACCUUACUUUCGCCCUGAAGACUCAACUGCUGGACCCAAUGUCCAUCAAUCGGAUCUGUCGAGCCGGACCUCCGAUUCCAACACCGUGAUCUAUGGAGCGAGGCUCUCCCCGGAGGAAAUUCGGUUGGCUGAUCUGUCUCCUGGAGAGGAAAACGCCCCGAUUCACAUUUCUCUAGGCAGGCAGAUUUUAGCAGGCUGUCUCGACUACGAGACCGUAUCAUACAUGUGGGGCGGCGAGGAUGGCGACUAUACGCUCUGUUGUCCGGUCUUCGUUGGUCCUCACUGGGACCUCAUGCUUCAGACCAAGAACUGCUGGGAAAUGCUCAAGACCAUGCGCUUUCCUGAUGGAGCACGCACAAUCUGGGUCGAUGCACUCUGCAUCAAUCAACGGGAUGAUACUGAGCGAGGGCAACAGGUGGCCAAUAUGAAACGCAUUUAUGAGCAGUGCUCUCGAGUACUUGUCUAUUUGGGCAAUGAUCUGGUUAGCCCGUCCAAGGGUCGUCCUUCUCGUCGUCUGCUCCAGGACUUAGAAGCCUCGACGCAGCCUGCUAUCCAACCCCAUGAGAUUCUUCAACGCAAAUAUUUCAGUCGCAUUUGGGUGAUCCAGGAGUUGGUUCUACCCCACCGCAUCAUCUUCCGUCUGGGUGAUACGGAGUUCUGGGUCGACUCGCGCACAAUGCCUCGUCUGUCACAGCGGGUCUGGGGCUGGCAGUCUUCUAACGCCCCCUGGGUGGAACAUAUGACGAAUGGUGCUCUUCCUGUACGUGGCACACAGGAUCUUUUCUCCCUGACGGGACGCUCGGAGGCAUCUGACCCACGCGACAAAGUGUUCGGGGUAGUCGGCCUAUUUCCAGAUGAUUUGGAGGAUCUCGCUACACUUGUUCCGGACUACAGUAUUUCGGUCCAACACCUCCUCAUUGGCAUGUUUGCCUUCUCAAUCAUCCGGGAAAAAAGGGUCAUCUUGUUCCUAAUCGCACCAGGCCUGUCAACAACCGCAUCCCAACCCUCCUGGGUUCCUGAUUGGGGCCGCAGCAAGCAUUGGCCGUCCUUAUUUACAGUCCGGACCCCCACAGCCGACGAGUUGGCAAGCUCCAUUCACCGCCUGACAUCAACAGGUUAUGAUUCAGAUCUCAAAGCAUUUUGGGACAAUUGUCGUACUUCUUACUGGGUCGCAGACGUCUGCGAACGGCGACCUUGGGACCAGGAUAUCAUCGUGCAUGCCCACACUGGAGCAUUGUCCAUCUGCUUGACGCACAUCUGCGCUCUCCGUUCAACACCGCACCUUAUUCAACACGUCAAUUCCGUUGCUCUCUAUGAGUUCCAAGGAGAGGUCGCCUCUAUUUACCUGGCCUCCGAGCUCCAGUUGGAUACUGUUCUCGAACCACUGCGGGACCAUCUUUUCGUUCUCUUGCCAAACACUGACGAUACACCUACAUACAGUCUGGUCGGAUGUGAUAUACACUUAUAUUUUGCGUUCCAACAGCGCGUCGGGUCAAUUCUCCAUCUGGCAGUGACCAGUGUUCCUGACGAGCUAGCGAAUAUGCGCACAAGGCUCGAAAGCCCGACAGACCAUGAAAAGCUGAACUAUUACAGGAACAAACCACUCAUGCGCAACUUGUUGACAUUCUUCCCCGACUUGAAAACAUUCUGGGAUAUUUGGCCUCUAUUUCGUGCCAUGCAAGAGGGAUACACAUCUCCAUUAUUCCACACCUCCUAUCUAUCAUGCGUGCACCCUUCCUCUCAUGCACGGGUCUCUGACGGUUUCUUCGAAUUAACAUUCCCAGAAGUGCUCAUGCGUCUCCAAUAUUCCCCUUGGGGUUUAUUUUCCAUCUCUGAGUAUUCUACGCAGUACGACUCUGAUGUCUUUGCCGACUGUAUUCCCAGUGAUUUCCCCACAUCGCUCGCAAACCUGCAGGGACAUUGGGAGAUAUACAAUGAUGGACAAUGGAACGAAAUUGUCCGCCUCUAUUAUCAAGCCCGAAGACGCCAUAGUGAUACUGUGGAGAUGAGGGCUCCUACAUGGCUGUUAUGGGGUCUACUCGAUGUUUGGUUCAAGCCCUGUGUUCGUCUUCAGCGAGUAUUGGGAUGCAGUGUCGAUGAAGUAGAGGCGCUGUUACGACAGGAUCAUGUGGAUGAUGAGCUUCAUUUGGUGGGGUGUCCACCACUGGAGCUGCAGGAUGACUUUGGUGCUGAUUUUAAUACCUACCAAGUUCAUAUCCUGUAG